AUGAGCUGUGUACUUGCUAUAAUUUUGGCUUCAGUGGCGCGCAUGGUGAUCACCAGCUCCAAACUCUCGUCAUCUUAUUAUGGAGUUUUCGCAAUUCCUAAGGUCAGUGAGUUUCCAGUGCCCAAGGAUCACUAUCAAAUACACAUGUCUGCUAGUAAGAUUGCUGGGCCCGGCACUUAUAUCGUGGCCUACUGUUCUAUACAUCAGAGCUACCAGAAAAUCGUGGAGAUUAUCACAGAAGGCCAGCAUGAAAUAACGCAGAAUCCUGAACAAACUCCUUUAGCCUAUUCGAAAGCAGAGAAUGCAUGUCUCCGAUAUAUCAGUAGAGGAAAUGAUCUUGAAUCAGUUACUGCACGUUUUUCGGAGCUUAAUAAUGGCGCCUGCACGCAUGAGCUUAUAGCUAGUCUAGCAUUUAAAGGUAUCAUCAGGGUCGAUGGGAAAUUCUCAUGCUUCGCUCCGCCAGAGGCUGAUCAACCUAUGAGAGUCAAUGCUGAUAUACCAAUGGAAAUGAGUCGAUUCCUUUCCGGCCACGGAUUGCUGGGAGGAACGCGUCCAACAUUACAUAGAGAGGUAAUGGUCUGGUUUCAGGGGCAUCUACAUAUAUUCCGUGAAACCCAGAAUAGCUUCCAUAACGGCUUAUAUUGGAUUCCUCUAACGACCAUUGGCCACGAGAUACGGAAUGGAGAAUUAAUAACAACUUUCAUCUAUAACAACGUGCCUGCUAUUUUUGAGUUUACAAAAAUUAUAGGUGAUCUUUUGCUUCUCGAAAACACUCUACUUUCGUCUCAUAGUACACGGUACAAGAAUAAGCCUGCAGGCUAUUACAAUAAAGCAGUCAGCCAAGCACACGAACAAUUUUUGGAUGAUAUAUGCUGGCAAAAAGCUGGAUUUCUAUUGAAGGGUUGCGCGUGGAUAAAUAACGUGCCUGGCUAUCUGGAGAUUGAAGCUUACAAAAAAGGUCUUCUUUGUCGAAAUAUUUCCAUGAGUCAGACUGGAUCAAUUCAAAAAUUUGAGUGCAUAUUUAGACCCCUGGUUCUUAGCAGAUGUCGUUUUGAAUCGAAACUAUGGCAAACAUCUACAGGCUUGCUCAAACCCCUUCAAAUACCAGCUCAGUCUAAUACGAUAGAGGUUGCUGAGAGAUUAAUGGAAUUUCAUGCAAGUGGGACCUUGUGUGGGCCCACAGUAAAAGCAUAUUGA